AUGAGCGUUGCCAGGCAGCUCCGACUCUGCUCUAGGUUUGCUCUCCGAAGAAGUUUUUGCACAUCGCCGUGUACGACGAUGGCCUCCCGACACGGCAACACCAAGAGGAUCCAAGGACUCGACAAAAAUGUUUGGGUGGCGUUCACGUCGCUGGCAGCGGACCCUUCCGUAGUCAACUUGGGUCAAGGAUUCCCGGAUAUUUCGCUGCCGCCUUACGUCAAAGAUUCCCUGGUGCAGGCUGUGUCGGUGGACAAGAUGAAUCAGUACACGCGAGGCUUUGGACACCCGACGUUGGUGAAGGCACUCUCUCAAGUUUACGGCAAAGUGUACGGGCGCCCCAUCGACCCGCUCAAGGAAAUCCUGGUAACGGUAGGCGGCUACGGCUCCUUGUUCAGCACCAUACAGGCUCUGGUGGAGGACGGCGACGAGGUCAUCAUCAUAGAACCCUUUUUUGACUGCUACGUGCCCAUGGUGCGCAUGGCUGGGGCUAAACCUGUCCUGAUACCAUUACGACCUAAAUCCGGCAAGAAAAGCACAUCCAGCGCCGAUUGGUACUUGGACCCGGACGAGCUUGCCAGUAAAUUCAACUCCAGGACCAAGGCCAUCCUUAUCAACACUCCGCACAACCCCAUCGGGAAGGUUUUCACCAGGGAGGAGCUGCAAAUGAUCGCCGACUUGUGCGUCAAACACGACACACUGUGUUUCAGCGACGAAGUCUAUGAGUGGAUGGUUUACCGUGGAAACCAGCAUCAUAAAAUUGCAACCUUGCCCGGGAUGUGGGAUCGAACCAUCACCAUCGGCAGCGCAGGGAAGACCUUCAGCGUCACGGGAUGGAAGCUUGGUUGGUCAAUCGGCCCCGAACACCUCAUCCGCCACCUUCAAACCGUCAUGCAGAACACGCUUUACACCUGCCCGACGCCCCUUCAGGAAGCCGUGGCGCAAAGUUUACUCCUGAACUACAAGCUGAUGGGUCAGCCCGAGUGUUACUUUACGUCGCUAGCGGAGGAACUGGAGGGGAAGCGGGACCGCCUGGCCGCCAUCUUGGAGGAGGCCGGAUUGUCGCCAGUCAUCCCCGAAGGAGGCUACUUCAUGCUAGCUGACGUCACAGCGCUAAAUCAAGACCUCUCCCACAUGGACAGUGAUGAAGCCUAUGACUACAAAUUUGUCAAGUGGAUGAUUAAAGAAAAGAAACUGGCCGCCAUUCCCGUCACUGCAUUUGUCGGGGAGGAAUCCACCAAGUCCUUUGAGAAAUAUAUCCGUCUUUGCUUCAUCAAGAGAGACGAAACUCUUGACGCGGCGGAGCUCAUCCUGAAGAAGUGGAGGUCGUCUGAAAGCAGCGGCUAA